AUGUCAUUUAAGAGCAGAGGAGGAGGUAUUGGCGAUUACUAUUUUUCUCCAAGAAAUGUCAUAUCAAGGAAUUGUGCAUUGUCCUUGUGCCUCGCGAGCUUCUGCCUUGGAAUGUUCUUUACUAAUAGGAUAUGGACAAUACCCAAAGCUAAAGACAUACCAAGAAUCUCUAAGCUUGAGAAUACGCAACUAAAUCUAAUAUCUGGUGAUAUUGGUAACUUUAGUGCUAACAACAGUAUCAGGAUCUUGGAUAAAUCUAUUUCAAGCUUAGAGAUGAAGCUAGUUGCUGCUAGAUCUGAGCGCGAGUCUUUGUUGGGAAAGUUUAACAUAUCAAAACAGACUCAGAAAAGAAAAUACUUUAUGGUUGUUGGGAUCAACACUGCUUUUAGUAGCCGUAGGAGACGUGACUCCGUUCGUGCAACAUGGAUGCCACAAGGGAACAAGCUUAAAAAGCUCGAGGAAGAGAAGGGCAUCAUCGUACGUUUUGUUAUAGGUCACAGUACGUCGCUUGGUGGGAUUCUUGAAAAAUCUAUUGAAGCUGAGGAGAAAAUUCAUGGGGAUUUCUUGAGACUGGAACACACAGAGGGAUACAUGAAAUUAUCAGCCAAGACAAAGACGUAUUUCGCAACCGCUGUUUCUUUAUGGGACGCAGAAUUCUACAUCAAAGUCGACGAUGAUGUUCACGUGAAUCUUGGAACACUCGCGAUGACUUUAAAAGAACACCGCAAGAAACCUAGGGUUUAUGCAGGUUGUAUGAAAUCCGGACCAGUCCUAGCCAAAAAAAACGUCAAGUACCAUGAACCGGAGUAUUGGAAGUUUGGGGAGGCCGGUAACAACUAUUUCCGACAUGCCACAGGACAAUUAUAUGCCAUUUCUAAAGAUCUAGCAACUUACAUUUUGAUAAACCAGAACUUGCUACACAAGUAUGCGAAUGAAGACGUCUCGUUAGGUUCGUGGUUCAUAGGAUUGGAUGUAGAACAUGUCGAUGACAAAACACUCUGUUGUGGAACUCCUCCCGAUUGUCAAUUGAAUGCUCUGACGGGAAAUGUGUGUGCGGCGUCGUUUGACUGGCAAUGCAGCGGAAUUUGCCGACCGUUCGGGAGGAUGUUCGAAGUUCACCAACUUUGCGGUGAACGCCAAGAUGCGUUAUGGAGUCCCGAUUUCUUGAAAGUAUAG